AUGUCAUCCUCAGCAGCACGCCCUCGCGCCUCCAUGAUGGGUUCGUGGUUCCUCACCCAGCCGCGUCUGACGUACAAGGAAUUUUACGCUUCGUUCAUCAAUGUCGCCAACAAGGCAUGGGAGUUGUCUCGUCGUCAGGAACGCGCUCCUCUGGAGGGUCUGCAGAAGUUCAUCGUCGAGCUUCUACAGAAGGAGCGUAUCCCUGCCGAUGAGCUGCUUACCGCUUUGCAGGAGUACUCGGCCGGCUUGGGCGAGGGUAGAUCCCGCUACAAGGAGAACGGCCUCGUUGCCUUCAACAAAGGUCUCAGCCAUCAAGCCCUGACUGCCGGCAAGAACAGAUUGCAGGCAGAGGUCCAGAAAGACCUACGCAAGGUCAGAAACAGCCUUCGCGUCGCCCAGUUUCAAGCCGCCGCCGCCGCCCACAAAGCCACUAUGGCUACUCGGCAACCUCUGCCCGCCUUCGUGGCACCCUCUUCUCUGCCUGCCUAUGUGGCACCCUCGCCCCUGCCUGGCUGGUUGGCACCAUCUUCUGUGCCCGUGCACGUGCCGUCGCCGCGUAGCACGGAGCUGUCGUGGGAUCCGUUCGUUCACCGCGAACAACUCCUGUCUCUGCAGUCCGUGGAGGAGGUCAUCGGCGACCUGGGCCCUGCUGUCCCUGGCAAGCAGGCCCAAAAGGCCACAACUCUCUCGGCGCCCGUGGAAUUUGGCAGUCUGCCGCUGGUCGGAGACAAGAAGGCCAAGGGGGAGAACGAGGAGAAGGAGGAGGAGAUGUUCGAUGCAGAAGAACAGGAGCAGAUCGAGGACGAGGAUAUGGUGUUGUAA